AUGACAAGAUCAAGCGUGAACUCCGACCUCAUGCGUCGACCCCGAAACAUGGGAGUACUCUCCACGCUCUUACUGCCCUGCAUCCAGGUGCGCAAGCUGCGCCGCUCGCGCCGCCAACGUGAUCACCACACCUCGUGGUCCUGCGCGGGAAUCGCCGAGUUUGAGGAGCAGCACCAGCAGCACCAGCAACAGGGAACUACCGAGAAAAAACUUCAUACCCGCGAUACCGAGGGGUACACGGAGCUGUCGAGCUUCCCCGAGAAACCACAACCCGCCGCGACAAUGACCGCGACAACGUUGACGCACACGAAGUCCAUUCGCCUGGUCAGCUGUGCGGACUCGGAAUGCUCGACGCUGGGGCCGGACGAUGGCCCGAUUCUGGAGAAAGAUGACGAGGCCGGAGACCAGGAGCGCGAGGAUUUCCUGGCGGGCAAGGAGAGCGCGUCCGAGAGUGGGAAUGCGACGCUGUUGUCGCUGUUGUCGGAUGAGGAGACGGAUGUGGAACAGUCGGGUGGUGGUAGUCCGCCGCUGGUGCAGAAGAUCAUUGCCAUGGAGGUGGUCCCGUCCUCGCGGCCGCCGUCGCGCGCUGGUGCUGGCGCUGGCACGCCCAAAAGCAAAGAUGAUCUUGAUCUGGAGCUGGCGAGUCGGCGGGUCCCCAAGAUUCAGGAAGAUCGACGGCCCCGGCCGGCGAGUAUGCAGGUUCACUCGACUGGGGGCGCGUUGAAGCUUCCGGAAAUCAAGAGCCGAGUGAUCGACGAUAUUCCGGAGGAUAUUGAGGAGGAUGUUGUUGGCGUCAGGGUCCGGCCGUUGAGGCAGGCGGCGAGGAAGAGUGCUCUUCUGAAACCGACGGUGGUCGAGGGGGAGGACGACGACGACGACGACGAGAACGAUGACAAGAAACGGUCCUCGACCUGGCGCCUCAGUCAACGCAAGUCCAUGAUCGAGCUGUUCAGUCUGCUUCAAUCCACCGCAGCUGCCGUCGCCGCGGCCCCCAAGUUCUCGAACCUCAAACUGCCUCUCACGCAGAGGUCGCCCUUCCGCUUCUCCACCAACGCCGUCGUCGAUGCAUCGCCCUCAUCGAAAACCAAACUCCCCUCCCCACCACCGCCCACACCUCCCCCGAAAUCCCCCAAACAACUCCUCCAACAACGGCCCCUCCCGCAAACCCCGCAACGCAAGCCCCGACACAGCAGCUUCCAAGAGCAAAUCUCACCUCCCACGGCCACCUACCGCACCAGCCCAAGCCCAAGCCCCACCAAGAAACAACGCCGAAUGGGCACCGUCCUCUUCCCACUAACCUCGUCCUUCCGUCCCACCAGCGGUGGGAACAACAACCCAAGCGUGACGACGACGACAACGACGACAACCAUCCCUGAGUCCCCAUCCCGUCGUCAGUCCCGUCACCAAACACAAAAUCAACAACAAAAAUCCAAUGCACAGACUCUUUUUUGCUAGCCACGGAGUUCGGGGUACCGGUACAGGGGUUCGGGUUAUGUUUUGUUGGUGUCUAUGGUCUCUCUCGGGGGGGUUGGUAGCCUCUUUCUUAAGGGCGUUGUUCUUCUGCUCUUGAUGCGCCAGCUUUCAUGGGAGCGACUUUGGGCUUGAAAUGAAUGUAAACUACAUAAUCCCCAUGCGUCACUUUUUAUCUCUGGGGGUUUCUCUUCUCUGGUGUAUUUAUUUGUUCUGAGAUGAUUGUAUCAUCUGUUCUUGUUGGGUUGUUUACAUUCUUUCUUCGUGUGUGUGUGUGUGUGUGUGUGUGUGUGUUGGUUAUGGGGUUAAUGUUAUCCGAUGGUUGGGUU